AUGGCUAACCAAAUUAGACUCCCCAUCACAGAUGCAUACGUUCACGUCCAGCUCCUCAACGGAGGCAGCAUGACAGCCGAAUACCAUAAGCUUCAUGCUGGGGAACCAGCAAAGAAAUUUCGGUUAUACAAUUGGGCCUUUUAUAUUUAUCAUCCAACAUCCCGGCGACACAUUAUCUGGGAUUUAGGCUUAUCCUCGAUUCCAGACGAUUAUCCUCCAGUGAUUGCAAACGGUGUAUUGAAAGAAGCCCAGUGCGAGGGUCCCCGGCAGUCGAUUGCAGAGCAAAUUGAACGCCGAAACGGAGUUAGAGUGGAUGAAAUCGACACCGUUAUACUCAGUCAUGCGCAUUUUGAUCACUGUCGCCCGAUACGACAGACAUUCUCCAAUGCAACCGCCUUCUUUGGCCCAGGCACAUCAGAAUAUUGCUCCCCAGGCCACCUUGCGGAUCCCUCCUCGGCAUGGGAUGGACGAUAUUUUGACCCGGAACGAGCAACAGAGCGCUGGGAGAUAUUACAAGGUCCCUGGGUCCCUCUCGGGCCAUUUUCACAUGCGAUGGACUUCCUUGGAGAUGGGAGCUUCUGGGUUAUUCAAGCUCCUGGUCAUAUGCCAGCGUUGCUGGAUGGUACAAAGAAUUUUGGGAGCUUCAAGCUCCCGGAUGGAUCUACCUCCUGUCUCCAUGUCGAUAUCUCUGCCGCGAAGGACACCUUGGCACGGAUAAGAGAAACAGAGAGUCUGGGGGUUCAUGUUGCCCUGGCCCAUGACACCACUUGGAUUCAGAAAGAGAAUGACCCUGUUCUAUUAUCUUUGCUAGAUGAGGAACUUUUGGGGGAGAUUCGUGCUGCUCUAAGACAGCAAGCCCCGUUCUAG